GUGGUGUCUUGCUUUGUUUGGUGUCACCUUUAAGCUUGUUAUUGCAAUAGUAAACACAUUUUCAUUCAAUUUUAAUGAAUAGUUUUGUCUUUGAAUCAAGAUCACUUGCCUAAAAAAAGGUAAUCUGGCGAAAUCUUAUAAAAUCCCCGUUACUGCUAAAGAAGUAUCAUUUAUGUUUCAAUUUUGAUUAAUCUAGGUUAGAAUGUUUGUUUUGAUAAUAUCUUGGUCAAGAUUGAAUUUGGGUCACAUUUUUCCAAAAACUAGAUCAGCAGGUAAAGUUUUUACGAUUGAUAUUCUACGAUCUCAUGUGAACACGUCAAGGCCAUCAUGGCCCGCUUGUGUAAGUUGAAUUGAUGAAGUUUUGUAGAAAUUUUGCUAAUGACUUACAAUGCCAAAGGAAGCCUCCAAAGCCCAUUGGUUCAAGAAACAUUUUUGCCUAUUCAAGACUCAGCAGCCAAAUAAGGUGAGUGAAAUCUUCCAUUAAGUCCUACUACUUCUAAUAGUCCACAAUGUUAUGACAAAAUGCCAUGUCGCCCAUGUCAAGGCCACUUGAAAAUAUUGAAAAUAUGUCACAAGCGCAAACCUGAUUAAAAAAACUAUUUACACAAACUUGUGCAAAAGUACAAUAUUUAUUUUUUAUUGUUUAUAUUUUUGCGUAAAAUUAUGUUAAGUUUAUCUCUUUUAUUGCUUAUAUUUUUCUAAUUUAUUAGCUAGGACGGUAUGGAGAAAACUCUUUGUUCUUUGCCACAAGAAUUUUAUGGACAACAACCAGUGGAAUGAUGUCAGCCUGUAAAGGAACUGGGAAAGAUUGCUGCUGUAUGAAUUGGCUCUGUGGAAUUCGAGCUUUACGGAUCGUAUUUACUGGACACACUGGAUGUCUAUAGGGACCAUAGCAUACAUGAGAUGGUGUUUGUCACUGAGUAUUCUGGAGCAACUUUCCCACCAAAGAAAGCCAGAUCAUAGAGUCCAUAAAUGAAGACUCACAGAUGUCUCUAUAGAGACCAUGGACAAAAUGAGAUGUCAGUGAGUAUUGUGGAGCAACUUCCUACCAAGGAAAGCCAGAGUACAGAGUCCAUGAAUGAGUGUGAACAGAAAAAGGUGUGUGAAGAAACUAGGAAGAUGGCUUAUAUUGUGAACUUCAUUGAAUGCUGAUGGAAUUUACAAGCUUCACCGUUCAGCAAUGGCAGAGGGUGAUAUUUAAGAUGGGGUUUCCGCGGAAACGGCAAGCUUGGGUAGUCAUCAGUUCAUUAGCUGUCUUUUUUUGUGUAACCUUGGUGUUCAACAAUCAAGUUCGCAAGGUGCUUAACUCGAGCAUGCUUCUUGACAACAUGGAUCUCUCAGAAGGGUAUGGAUUGAGAAAGCUUCUGGAGGAUCAAGAGGCGAAAAUCGAGCGGUUGCGGAGUGAAGGGAUGGAGCAGGGACUUCCACAGUGCAUAAUCAUUGGAGUGCGGAAAUGCGGGACCAGGGCGUUACUAGAGUUUCUUGACCUUCACCCUCAAAUCCGUAUUGCGGAUAUGGAGAUGCAUUUCUUUAAUAACGACGAAAAUUACGAAAAAGGUUAUGACUGGUACAGGAAAAACAUGCCAUUUUCAUUUCCAUCGGAUAUAACCAUAGAAAAAACACCGAGGUAUUUCAUUUCAGAGAGUGCUGCGGAGCGGAUUCGUAAAUUUAACAGUUCUGCUAAACUCAUAGUCAUUUUUCGAAAUCCAACCACACGGGUAAUUUCAGAUUACACUCAGGUAUAUCAAAACAAACUGGAGCGAAAUAAGUCAAUAGAUCGCUUCGAAGACCUUGUGAUUAGUGAGCGGACUGGGCGUGUGAACACAGGCUAUAAGGCAGUGCGGAUUAGCAUGUAUUAUUAUCAUAUGACCAAGUGGCUACAUUUCUUUGAACGAGAUCAAAUUCAUGUUGUGAAUGGGGAUAAUCUCAUUGAUAAUCCACUUGAAGAAAUUCGAAAAGUCGAGACGUUCUUGGGUUUACCAAAUUUAGUCACGGAAAGCAACGUGUAUUUCAAUGAGACCCGUGGAUUUUUCUGUAUGCAAUCUGAUGAUAAACAACAACAUUGUCUUGGUGCUAAAAAAGGGCGAAAGCAUCCAGCAAUAGACCCUAUUAUUGUGAAGAAAAUGAACAAAUUUUAUCGUCCGUAUAAUAAAAAACUGUUUCAAAUGAUUGGUCAGAAGUUUGAUUGGGAUUAAUAACAAAGCUCAUGACUCCAUAUCUUUUAAUAAAAGAUGCCCAUUUCAUUAUAUAUUGUCUGAUUAAAAAGAUGCUGCCAUGUUCAUGAAUGAUGAAAUAUAAGAUGUAAAGUGAGAAUGAUUUCAUUUGUGGUGCCUGUAUUAUUAUUAGUAUCUGAUUAUCUGAAUGCAAUCUGAUUAUCAAACAUUUAUGACAAUCUGAGAUUAUUUUUAUUAGUUUUCAGCCCACCUAAGCACAACCUGCUAAUGUUGAGCUUACCUGAGCACAACAGGCUCAUAUUGAGCUCACCUGAGCACAAAAGGCUCAUGUUUAGCUCACCUGAGCACAAAAGGCUCAUGUUGAGCUCACCUGAGCACAAAAGGCUCAUGUUGAGCUCACCUGAGCACAAAAGGCUCAUGUUGAGCUCACCUGAGCACAAAAGGCUCAUGUUGAGCUCACCUGAGUACAACAGGUUCAUGUUCAGCUCACCUGAGUACAACAUGCUCAUGUUAAGCUCACCUGAGUACAACGGGUUCAUGUUGAGCUCACCAUGCUCAUGGUUUUAAUCAUGGUGAGCUAUUGUGAACAUCAUUUGUCUGUCUUUUUUCGUCCAUCAUGCUUUGUCAUCAGUUGCUUUGGAAAAUUCAGUGUCCAAUUUUCUUGAAACUGUGUCAGAACAUUUGGUCAAAUGAUACAUUGGCAAGUUAAAAACUAGCCUGGCCUGUUUGGACUGCACAGGCUUAUAUGGGACCACACUUAAAAAACAAAUUCUUUUAGCUUGUUUUCCCUGAGCAAUUCUCAUAUUUAUUGUAUUGCUAUUCAGAUAUUAUCAUUUCGUCAUAUUAUUUGUUCUUUAUAAUGAUCUCUCUAAAAUGUUCUAUGAUAAUUGCACAAUAGUUUAUUUUGAAACAAAACAGCCAUGUAAAUUAAUAAGUCUUUAUGUAGUUUGAUAGAUGCAGCAUAUUUAGUUUUUCUGUACAUGUGCCGUAAGAUUCUAAGUAUAAAAUAUAUCAUUUGAAAUGCCAUGCAUAUUGCUGUACCAUUUUGAAAACUUUGUGUAUGUUUUUUACAUUUCCCCAAGACAUACUCCCGGCACAAACAGUUAAAAGUGUAAUAUUAAAAAAUAUAUAUAUAUUACCCCAAUAUAAAUAUAAUAAUGUCAUUUGAGUUUGUUUAUUGAAAAUUUUCAAGAGUAUUGAAACAUGGCAAGGUUUUUUAUGCAUGUUUAAUAGGACCUUAUGUUAGGAUAACAUUACAAACAAUCUUAAUUUUACAUUUUCUUUCAAGAUGUUAAUUACGCUAGCACACAACCUUUUGGGAUAGCAUCUGUUAAUGCUAUGAAAUAUUGUGGCCUUGCUCUGGGACGUUUGCUAAUUGCAUGUGCAUAAGCAGGGGAGAUAAUCACGUGAUAGUCAACAUGUCAAAAUCAAUGGCGAGACAGUUAUUAUUUGCCGUGUUAUACCCUUUAUAAUUUUUGUUUAUAUUUAGCUCGACUAUUAUAUAUGAAAUAUAUAUAGUGGAGCUAUCAUACUCACCCAGGCGUUAGCGUGAGCCUUAGCAUAAGCGUGAGCGUGCAAAUGUUAAAGUUUGAUUCCUACCCCAAAUAUUUCCUAUGUCCCUUGACAUAUUGCUUUCAUAUUUUGCAUACUUCUUUACCAACAUGACCCCAGCCUAAAAACAAGAGCAGACACUGUAUCAAGCAUUUUGUAAGAAUUAUGGCCCUUUUUAUUCGCCCGUUUUUAAAAACGGGACGUAUUAUAGUUUCACCCAUGGCGGGCGGUGGGCAGCGUCCACAACAGUGUCCGCUCUCUAGUUCAAAUAGUUUUCAUCCGAUCUUCACCAAACUUGGUCAGAAGUUGUGUCUAGACAAUAUCUAGGUCAAGUUCGAAUAUGGAUCAUGCCGGGUCAAAAACUAGGUCACUGGGUAACUUAGUGCAUUUCAAGGAUUAAGCAUAGUGUCCGCUCUCUUAUUGAAGUAGUUUUUACCAGAUCUUCACCCGAUGGUCAGAAGUUGUGUCUAGAUGAUAUGUAGGUCAAGGUCAAAUAUGGGUCACGCCGGGUCAAAAACUAGGUCACGAGGUUACUUAGUGCAUUUCAAGCAUUAAGCAUGGUGUCCGCUCUCUAAUUGAAGUAGUUUUCAUCUGAUCUUCACCUAAUUUGGUAAGAAGUUGUGUCUAGAUGAUAUGUAGGUCAAGUUCGAAUUAACUCAUGCCUGGUCAAAAACAAGGUCAUGAGGUCACAUAGUGCAUUUCAAGCAUUUUGCAUGGUGUCCAAAACCUUCGAACGGGCGUAUCUAGUGACAGUUUGGCACUCUUGUUCCACUUAGUAUAUGCAUAUUAUUGAUAACUCUAGGUUAAAGUUUGCGUACCACCACAAAUAUUUUCAAUUUCCCUUGACAUAUUGCUUUCAUAUUUUGCAUACUUCUUUACCAACAUGACCCCAACCUAUAAACAAGAGCAGACAACUGUAUCAAGCAUUUUGUAAGAAUUUUGGCCCUUUUUCCACUUAGAAUAUGCAUAUUAUUGAUAACUCUAUGUUAAAGUUUGCGUACCACCUCAAAUAUUUUCAAUGUCCCUUGACAUAUUGCUUUUAUAUUUUGCAUACCUCUUUACCAACAUGACGGCAACCUAUAAACAAGAGCAGACAACUGUAUCAAGCAUUUUGUAGGAAGUAUGGCCCUUUUUUGUCUUUGUAAUUUUGAAUAUUUUGUUAAAUUUGUGUUAAGAUCCACUUCUAAAGUAUCAAGGCUAUUGCUUUCAAACUUCUAAUACUUUCUUACUAUCAUGAUGGUACUGUACCUUGCAAGUUGAAUUUGACUUUGACCUUUGAAUGACCUUGACUCUCAAUGUCAAAUUAAUACAUUUUGCUUAAAUUACCAUAACUUCUUUAUUGAACAUCAGAUUUGAUUCAUACUUUGACAAAACAACACUUAACUGAAUACCACAAUGGACUCCAACCAAACUAUCCCCCAUGCCCCAUCCCAGAA